ACUAGAAUUUCACAACACCAAGAAGUGUAAUUUAGCUGGUAAAAGAUAGAAUUAUUUGAAAGAUGAUAAAUGCGAGUAUUCAACCUAAAACGGCGAGCACUCAAAUAGGAAUGCGAGAACAGACAACAAAGCCGGAAAAAAUACAGAAGACAAUGAAAUAUAGUGGUUCAGUCAGAUUUUGUUCUGCUUAGUCCACUGUAGCAAGGGAUUCGUAGGUGCAUUUUCACGGUGGAUCACCCCUUUAUAUACAAAGCAGGUGCCCAAUCGGUUACAUGAGGAUCACAUUUAUUGUUAAUCCAUUAUUUACACAUUAAAUUGUCAUGACUAAACUCAGACAACGUUAACAUUAAUAAAUAUAUGACAGUUACUGAACUCAUCAACGUAUGCGUCCUUCGCAUCUGCGAGUUGACCGUUCGUGUUCCGUCUGUUGAGUUCGUAGGGUCGCACGUACGUUUGGAACGUCUGCGUCCUUAGGUGAUCGCUCGUUACAGACGUCGCAUGCUGAAGUUGGUAGCAUCUGGACAUGCGAACUUACAUUGGUCCGUUAGGGCUAUUGGGUCGUUGGGACCAAAACUGCAUCAUAGGGCAUUGGCCUCUAUACUAACCGCGGAGGUAUAGAGGGAGGCACUCGCACAUGUUCUGACAUAUGCGAGUUGGGUCUACCCUGUAUGAUGAGGAUUACGGUUAUGCGGUGUGAAUUAAGUCGCAUCCGCGAUACCUCGCUGGUUUUAUCCUGGGCGAGGUCUAAACUUCGAGAAGCCUCUCCUGGACAUUUCAGCCUUCACUGGAAGUCUGGAUACACGUGUCCUUCAAGGAGGAGUCUGGUCUCGAGUUUCUAGGUGAGAGAAAUCUCACUAUAACACAUGCCCCUAGUUUCGCGAUGUGACUUGAGCGGUCACUGAGGGAAACUACUGCUCGAGAGACAGGUGAAAGGUUGUCACGAGGAGGUGACCUUUUGGUUGUCCCAUCGAGGGUUUCGAAAAAUGACGGCUGUAAUGAUUAAUUUUCAUUACCGCUGGGGUGCCACGUCACGAAACUCUUCGGUUUUCGUGUAGGCGUGGCCAUAGCUGGCCGUUAGAUUGGGCGACCUUAGGCAUUCUGGUUGCCACGUGUCACAAUCCCAAUAAAUAAGGGAUAUGGGUAUUUAAACGCUUUGAUACGAAUCAAAUAUCCCAUUUUUCCCUCCUUUCUCUUAACUUCUCCCCAGUAUAUACACCCCAGAAAAAAGAAAUUCAUUCCAACUUUUCUGCCAUUUUCCACAGCAUUUUCAUUCUCAGAAGUGAUCGAGAACAACCGCAGGAAUCGAAACUAAAGAUAGACCAGCUCGACCAACGCUUAGCACGAAUAAGAAGGGGGUAGCUGAAAUUCUUGGGAGUCUUCCGGUACAAGAUCGCGACUGGCGAUUGCUGUGUACGACUGCCAAAUUGCGAGAACACAAACUGAUCCCCGAGAACGCGAGUCUUCAACGGGAGCCAGUAUAUAAAGAACCAUCUGAGAGACAGCAGGAGCGGAUAGAUAAACGGCUUUCCAAGCAAACUCCUCGAGAAACUUCAGACAUGACUUUCUUGAAGUCUGCCCCUGUCCUGAAGAUCAAGCAAAAGGGUGGAACACCGGCAUCUUCACCAGUCGUCGCCCAGAAGAGGAAGAGCGAUGUGAUGACUUCGCUCGCUGCAGAUUCCUCCAAGAAGUUGGCCAAGACCACUCAGGAUAAGGGGAAGAAGGUUGUCAUUGAUUCUCCGGUUCGCCCUCGCGACUUCCUGGCCAUGCAGGAAAAAUUACUGGCCGAGAUUCCUUAUGAGGAACUUGUUUCUCGAUCUACUGAACUGGCCGUACAAUCUGUGGCUUUGUUUAUGAAAGCCGCGACCACGCCUUCGAAGGAAACUGAUUCGCUGAAGAGGCAGAACGCCCAUUUUCAGGAAAACAUAAAGAGGCUGAAGCAGGAAGUGGCCAAGAUGGAGGAACUUCACAAGGAGCUCGAGGAAGUCAACAGGGCCAAAGAACAGUUGGAGCUCGAGCUCAAGAAGUCGCAGGACACGAUCGCUGAGAUGGCUCGCGACUUGGAGGCUGAGAAAGAGAGUGGGAAAACAACAUGUGAUCAGCCGUCCUUUCGCUCGAUGUCUCCUACCCGGACUCAAGGCAACCUUCCAGAUGAAAUCGAGGGAGUGCAGGCUGAGGAGGUCGAGAAUGAAGUUGUGAGCAAGAUCGUGGAUGAGGCUGCUCCUGAUGAGACUACUCCCGCUGCCUGA